AAAAAAGAGCGCCAUAUUGAAAACGAGAAAAUCGUAAAUAGAAACGCGAUGUCUCGUUCGAGGAAAAGUCGAAAAUCUACGGAAAAUACCAAAGUCGCUGAUCACUUUGAUGAGCCUUCUAACUGCAUAAUCUGUUUGGAAACAGUUUCUUGUCGUGGGAAACUGAGUGUCUGCAAUCACUGGUUUUGUUUCCCUUGCAUUUUGGAAUGGGCAGAGGUCAAAAUUAGACAUUGUUGUUGAAUUUGUUCAGAUUUGUUAUUCAGACUAUUAGUAUAUGUCUCAUUUUGGAUUCAUGGAUAAAUGUAAAUCAAUUAUUUACGCUAUCAUUAACUCGAAGCAUAUUUUCUUUCACAGAAUACAAAUACUUGCCCCAUCUGCAAGGCUCGAUUUCGUUGCAUAACGAAGGUACACAAAAAUUAUACUUAAAAUCUUAAAACUUAAAAUCAAUGACUUGUUCACCCGGAGAAAUCUGAAAAAACUUAAUGUGAGAGAUAAUAACGCUAACUUUAAGAUCUUACCGCUAAUAGUAAACCCUUUAAUUGGUCUUAAUUCCUAGCCUUACGUUUCGAAGUUUUAAGCGCCUUACAUUUUAAUUUCCACUUUUCGAUGCGAAAUGUACAUCCAUUUCCAGUUUUAUACCAAUUAAGCAUAGUAUCUGUCAGAUAAACUUAUGUUCAUAAAAACAACAGAUGUGAGACUAUGCAGGUGUGAAAAGGAGAAUGAUUUUUGCAUACAUUGCACUACUUUCGGAGUUCAUAAGUAGGACUUUCCAAUGUGUCAGUUUAAAAUACUAACCUUAAUCCCUUUAGAAUUUUCUCGUCUCUAAGCACGGUAUGCCUGGAUGUUCCAAAUACCGAAACUACCAUCAUUAAUUUUAUAAGUUGUGAAAUUAUUUCGUAUUUUUAUUUGGAAUACUUGGCGGUUGUGCUUGAAUGCAUGGUAAUCCAACAUGUAUUUUGAAUGAGUGUAAAACAGGCAGAUGUCUCAUUUUUUCUGAACCAUGAAUAUUACAUUAAAUUUCACAUUUUCCGGUUUCAGGUACAGUGCAUAUUUUGUUUAAAUAUAAGAUUAUGUGUAACCAAUAUUUCACCACAAUUAACGUUGAAAAUGACACUUAAGUGUCCAGUGUUUGCAGUUUUAAAAGUUUGCAUACCUCGAAGAUAUAUUGAAUGACCAAAUAACCCAUUAAGUGUAUUAAUGUUCCUUUUAGGUUCAUUUGAGUCCUUUCAAAUCUCCACCAACCAAAGUCCGUGUGGGUGACAAGGAUCAGAGAGUGUGGAAUGAUGAUGAUGAUUUAGUUGCUGAAGAUGUUUUUGAUGCUCUUGACUUGGUUGAAGAUGAUUUAGAUGAUGACUAUGAACCACCUAUUUAUAUAAGUAAUCCAUGGAGUAGGAGUUUGCAAACCAGAGGGCGUCAAAGAGAACCAGUAUGUAUAGUCAGUGAUUUUUGUACUCAUAAAUAAUGUUUUCUUUCAGACAAGUUUAGUGCUGUUUUUUCAUACUCUUUUGUAUAAACUAAAUCAAUGAUCAUUUUAAAAUUUGCAUCAUUAAUGAGCAUUUGGACAGUUUAUCAAUAACAACUUGUCAGCCACAAAAAAAAGUUUGAAAAGUUAAUUUUGGUGAAUAAUUAAUGAUCAAUUUGGCAUUUUGAUAGAGUCAAAGAAGAAGACUUCCCCGGACAUCCAGGCAGCUGCAUCUUGAUCAAUAUGACUUGGAAGACUCCUUCAUUGAUGACACCGAUGAUGUUCUCCAAGAAUUUCUUUAUUCUACUUACAGCAGAGAGAUUAGAAGAAACAAUGGUAAUAUUGUAGACAUUGUUAUUUCUGAUCAUGGCGAUGAUGAUGAUGAUAAUGACCAUAGUGAAGAGGAGGAGGAAUAUGACAUGGACAGUAGUAGUGAAGAAAUUGUGGUCCAGAGAGAUGAGCCCUAUACAUUACGUGAUAGCCACAGAUCUCUCCCAGACUCUUCAAGAACCACAACAAACUCCCUUGACAGGUAUAUUUGUAAAACCGAGUCAAGGGUCAUAGAGAGUCAGACCAUAUGAGUUUUCUUCUCCAUGACUUAUAAAUUAUUAUAAUUAUAUAAACACUAAUGAAAUACCAGGUGAGUUACACACAAAAAUAUUAUUGUCACACUUGAAAUAAAUCGCACCUUGUGCAGCAAAAAAUAUUAAAUUGAAAUGGUCUGGUAUUUCCUGGAGGGAAGGGGGGUACUUUGAGAAAUUUUGGGUGGGGAUGUGCCGCUGGCACCCUAGAACUCUUAGCCUAUACCAGAGCUAGUUCAAGUGAAUUUCGCUACCCUAUACUAGACUUAACUUCCCCAAAUCCCCCCCCCCCAUCCUAGAGUACCUGUUUUCCAGAAACACAUAAGGUCCACCCAAAACAAAACCAGUUUGAUUUUUUUCAUAUUUUUGUGUGGCAAUUCCCGGUUUCCUUAGUCUAGACUGAAAUCUUCAACCAAUUGAUCAGUUUCCUGUAAAGUGAUACCCUAUUCUAGACAUAAACUCUCUGAUUUGUGUAGCCUAUCCCAGAGUAAACUGCUUGAAAAUCAUACCAUUCAGAGUAUUCAUACCUAUAUAGCCCAUAUAUGGAAGUAGCUCCCGUGAGUAUUUCACUGGUGUUUGUAUAAUAAAAACAACGUUACAUGGCCAACUGAAGAUACAAAAUUUAUUUUCUCAUGUUGACAUAUUUCAACACUUGAAGAGAAAUUAAUAUAUAAAUUAAAGGGUGUGUAGGUACUGUAUGCUUGAAAUACUAGGUAGGCAGUAUGCCCUACAUCUGGCUCUCCAAAUCAUGACUCUAUUUCACACCAGAACAUGCCAUUUUGCACACUCAUUUUCAGACCUGGGGCCUGUUUCUCGAAAGUCCCAGUAACUUUACGGGCCCAAAAUCAAAUAUUCAAAUCGAAAUAUAAAGAAUAAGAGCGUGGGUCCUGGCUAGCAAACUACUCCAUUUUGUUUCACUAAGUAAUAGUUUUAUCAUGCUAGAUGCAAAACUAUUGAAACCUCGAUUUUUAAUGUAAACGGAGACAGCUUACCAGGCCCGUUAAUUAUCGGGACUUUCGAGAAAUGGGCCCCUGGCAAAAGUUGGAUAGCUCUAUCCUCUGCAUAAGUCGCUAUCCGGUGGACAAGUAUUAGGAAAACCAACAUGGUGUUAUCCACUGGAUCAGUGAUUUAUCAGAUGGAGAAUUCUAUCCACCUUUGAACAGCUGGGGCUAUAAAAUCCAUAUCCAUUUUCAAACCCAUCACCUUGUCCAAGUAAAGGUAAGAUAUCAUUCCAAGGAUUUUUUAGUUGCAUUUGACACCGGACAUUCUUAUUCAUAUAGAGCUGAAAAGACAACAUGAUUAUUCCCUCUCUUGGUUCCCUUGAAAAUCAUACUCAGGAUGGUCAAUGGAAAAUGUCUGGUCAAAAAUAUGCUUUGUCCUGUCAAAUCCUUGGAGAACCAGGCAUUUUUUCUUGUCAUACAUGCUUGCAAUGGAAAAAUUGAAUUCAGAACAUCAGAUUUUAAUAAUAUUAAGGUAGGACAUUAUUGGUGUUAUUGGAGAAAAAAUAAGAAGAGAAAGACACUACUACACUGUAGACCAUGCAUCUGUUAGUUGCAAUUUAUUGCUUUCUUAUUUGUGAAGUCAUCUGUGCAAAUUUAGGGGUAGCAUGGCAGUGUAGUGGUGUGAAUUUAAAUUGUUGUAGUCUACGUAGUGAUUCCCAAUUUUGCAGCUGUCUUGGCAGGUGAGGUGAGGGAGUUGGGGGGAGGGGCACAACACCAUGCAUUUCAUGCUUCCUGGGAGGCUUCAUUCACAAAGAGAGCAUAGUAAAUAUAGUUGUUCAUUAUUUAAACAUCAGGUCUGAGUUGUUCAAAAGCUGGAUAGUGCUAUCCACCGGAUAAAUCACUAUCCAGUGGAUAAGUAUUAGGGAAACCAAUUGCACUAUCCAGUGGAUAGUGAUGUAUCCGGUGGAUAGCGCUAUCCACCUUUUGAACAACUGGAAUCAGGUGGGAGGGGACUUUAAUAGAAAUAUAUGGUAAUGUAUUAUAUAUUUGCCUGCCCAAAGAUGAAUAUUCUAUUUGUUUAUUCCACUUACAGUAGAGAGAUAACAAGGAACAGUGUUGUUGCUGAUGAUGAUUAUGAUGAUGAUGACAACAAUGAUGAUGGUGAAGAGGAGGAGGAAACCGACACUGCAAGAAUCAGUAACAAAAUUGUGGCACAGAAAAACAAGCAUUAUCCAUUACGAAACUCUUCAAGAACUAAAACAAACUCCAUUGACAGGUACAUGUACAUGUAUUUUUAAAUUAAAUUAUUUUGUUAAACCAGCUCAAGGAUCGACUGUAGUCACUCAAGUUCUCUUCUCUGUAAAAUGCAUGUACAAAAAUGACUAAUAAGUUUAUCAUUGGAUGUUAUUUGGUACAGUCAGCUGAGACAAUAUUAAAAUUAUAACACAAGCCAAUUGUUUCAACAGUGACCUGGACAAAAACCUUUUUGACAGUUAUGUAUAUUAUUAUUAACAAUAAUUAUAAUGUACUUCUUUUGAAAUAAAUUUCAAGCAGCACAUAGUUACAUUUAUUUGUGGAGCCUACCUUUAGUAUAACCAAAAAAAAAUUCACACCAGUAAUGAAAAAAUUAUUUGAUCAGAACCAAUAACCUGACAAAAACAUACUGACAUGUUGUAGUAUUAACACACACAUUUUCUGGGUGUCAGGUUCAGGAAGUACUAUAACCAUUAGUCAACUUCUUACCAUGUUUUUUUGUUGUUGUUGUUUCAGGCUACUUCAGCUAACCGAAGAGCAAUCAUGUGGUUCACCAGCAAGCAGUGACAGCUUCAUUGUCAGUGAUAAUGAGUCAGAUGGUUAGUUUGGAUUUUAUUUUUGAUUAGUGGUCAUGCCUGUAAUAUUACUGAGUUACAGCUGUAGAAACCAAGGAAGGAGAUAAAGAGAAGGCUCUUGGCAAGAAAAGUGUUUUGAAGCUAAUACCUGUAUGGCAAUUGAACAAGGUCUGCUGUAAAACAAUAAUGAUGCCUAGAAACCUGGUGUAUGACUUGAAAAGACUCCGGCGCUGAUGUUGAUGAUGAUGAUGAUGAUGAUGGCUCGGCUUUUGCCUUGUUUCUCUUAAAAUUGUUGUUAGAUCUCUGCAAGCUUGCUAGUAUAGUCUGCCUCCUCAUGUAAAUGCAACAGACAUUUUAUUUUUUAAGAGGAAACAAGGCAGGAGCUGAGCUAGCUGGUGAAGAGGGACAGCCUGGCGAACUGGGUUGGGUCACCUCAUAUUAACAGGUCUUAAUGCAGCCACAAAUUCCACAAACAAUGAUAAGUUUCUCACUCAGCAGCCAUGAACUAAACUAUGAAGAGGCCAACCUACAUCACUGGUUUAAAUAAGGACAAUUUUUUUCAAGAGUUUGUAACUUUGUUGAUAACAUUUUGUAUUUCAUUUGUAACUAUCUUGCUUUAUCAAUUUUCACUGAGCACUACUUCAUAGAGUUAUUUUAAAAAUUCCAUAUUAUAUAUUUAUAACUGAUACCAGCAUUAAGUUGAGGAUCCUUUUUUCUCUGUUCAAUGCAAAUUCUGUACAAUAUAUAUUUUUAAGGUUGUUAAAUGUAAUGUUCCUUUUUCUUGUUCUUUAGAUGAUCUUAGCAAUGAUUGGACACCAUCAAGCAACUACAGUAAGAAUUCAAGGAAUAGAUGCAGAAACAGAAAGUCGAGUGGUAGGUAUCUGUUGGAAAAUGUAAAUGCAUUUGUAAGUAUAUUUUUACAAGGUGCUUUUUAUAACUUUUUUUCAUUUUUUUCGUUCUUUAGAUGAUCUUAGUAGUGACUGGCUACCGUUUGGUAAUCAUAGUAAGAAUUCAAAAGACAGAGGCAAAAACAGAAAUCAGGCAAACUCAAGGAAGCUAAGAUCCAACUCAAAAUGGCCAGCUGGACCAUCAAGCACCAGACUUUUCAAACAGUCGCAGAGAAGCAAACAAGUUUCUGAUCAGAUUCAAAACAAUAGCAAAAGGAAAAGACAGGUAAGAAACAAUUAAAGAAACCCUUGAACAUAAUAUUACGUGCACUAAUUAUUAUUAUACAUGUAAAUUAUAAUGUGGUUCUUUAAUUUGAAGUUAUUCUUAGAGUGUACUCAACUGGGACCACUGACACUUUGAAACUGAAACAUAUAAAAAUAUUUCCAUGAUUGGCUAAUAACAAAUUGAUCAAGUCAGACUCCUUUGCUAGUAGGAACUUGACCUUUGAUUGGCCAACAUUAAUGUUGGGUGGUUCUAAUUUAGUUUCAGCACUUUAAGUCUAAACUCUGGAGUGUUAUCCUUUAGCACUCAGUCUUUUUCACAAACUUUUUUUUUGGGAAUAUUAUUGUGGACACUGUUUAGGAGUCACCUCUGCCCCUCUCCUGCCUCCGCAUUAACACAGGGUUUAUUCUAGAGUACACAAUUACAGGAUUUCCACUCCACACAAAAUUUAUGUAAGUAUGACAAAUGGGCUACCUGAAAAAAAUGGAUCUUGUGUCUUAUGAGGGGUGGACUGAUAUGUUGGUUGACUCUUGGUUGACAUAUCGGUCGAUGUAUCGGCCAAGUAUUGGUUGACUGUUAAUCAAGUAUUGAUCAAGUACGGGUUGUCUGUCGAUCAAGUACCAAUCAAGUAUCGGUCGAGUAUCGGUCGAUACGUGGCCAAUAGUCAGUCCCUGAUAACAGUCAGUCAAUAGUCAGCCGAUACUCAGUAGAUAGUCAGUCGUUACUUCACCAACGGAUCACCAACAUAUCACUGACAUUUCAACGACAGUUGGCCAACACCUCAGCUGUGGUGACAAAUAGACCUUUUCUAGAUGUACGUUAGUAACAGAGUUGAUGUAAAUUUUGAUUUCUCUCCACUGUACAGCAAACCUAUAUCAGUGAUGAAGAAUUGCAAGAGUUGACAUCUUCAAGAGAUAGACAAGUUGAAACUCUUUCAUCAGCAAAUGGCUGGAUCAACACUGCUAGGAAACAAGCAAGAGCUCAUACUUCAACUUUAUCAUCUGAUCAAAGAACAAGGUGUAACUUGUUAUGUAUUAAAAGAUAAGUUACCCUGCUCCCCUGGACUUCAGAUUAGGGAACUUUGGGUGGAACUUAGUACAUUUAAGUACAAGUUCUCAAACCAACUUUGCAUGCUUUAGAUGAUCAUUUGUCAUCUUACCAAUCUUUAAUCCCCUUCAUUUCUAUAAGAGAAGCUGAUCUUCUGUUAAGUGGCCAUGCUCCAUUUACAAGCCAGUUACCAGAGGCUCGGCUGACAAAAUUUUCAGUAAAUAACUGUCAACCUCUACUUGGCCAACCUUUAUUAAGGGUGCGUUUAUUAGUAGUAUUCUGGAAUAAGAAUACACAUACAUUUUUCUAUAAAUCUUCUCCAUGGUGAUUUUUGGACCACUGGAAUGCUAAAAUCAUGUUAAAAGUUAAUUUCAAGUACAUUUCUUGAUACUACAAUGUUGAUCAAACAUACCCUCAGCAGCCUCUUGUCUCUUCGUGGAUGGUGGCCAAAUAUAGCGGUUUGACUGUAAUACAAAGUCAUUUUAAAAGAGCCCAUGUAUAUCCCACAAUGUUUGUCAUAGGUGUGCUCACUUGAUAUAAAGGUAUAUUGGUGGUGGUUCUAUUUUAAAGCCCAGACCAGAUAACACACAGGCAUUAAAAUGUUAUGAGUGAACAUUUGCCUGCUGAGUCUGCUUCAAAAGCUAAUGACUGCCACAUUUGUGAAAGGGCACUGUUGAAGGGUAACAUAACUGAUUUUCUAUUAGUUAUAAUUCAUGGACUGGUGGUAUGAUUCAUAUCCUCAUUGACGAUCAUUGAAACUGGGUUAAUUGAUAUUUAUGUUCACUUGAUACCAGUCAGGAUUUGAAAGACUAAAGCCUUGCAGAGGUGACUUUUAAAGUAUUAUGAAAAAUACUGUCCACAUAAUCUAGAAGUUAGUGGCUGUUUGGUAUUGGAGUACACGCUUGGUUGAUCCAUUGUUGUUCUUGUGUCUGAGUUGUGAUAUUGUUAGGUUUAGUAUUUGUUUUCAUUCUCUCUCAUUGCUAGCCUGCUUACUUAUUGAGUUUUCUUUUAUCUUGAAGGAAAAAGGCUUCUGCAAACGUAAAUAGAUCAAAGAAUACAAGAACAAAACCAAGGAAUCCUGUUGAAAGCAGAGAGAGCUCAAGCGAUUCAGAUAUGGAAGUUCUGGGAGAUAAGACUAAAAUUAAGGAACUACCAUGUCACAAGCGAAAUAACCAAUUCAACAAGGUUAAUAAUCUAGGAAUGAAGAAGAAACAACAUAUUUCAUGUACACCUUCAACAUCUUCCUUCACUGCAAUGAACGAAGUAACACCCAACAACUCCUCUGAUGAUGAAAGCAACUUAUCUGAUGCUAUGAUUGUUCAACCAACCCCUUGCUCCAAGACAACAAGAUCCAUAUUUACCAAAAGAAGACACAGGUCUCCUAUAUCUACUUUUGAUCAAUUAGAUGGCACAGAAGAACAUCAUCUUUGCCAGUUACAAACACAGAACAAGAAAAGACACUCACCAAAAUGCACUAAUAGGACAUUAAAUACUCCGGGAAGGAAAAAGACAAAGGCUGCAUUCACUACAGCACUCAGAAGUGAUGUUCAGAUUACACUUUCCCCAUUUGUGAACACAAAAAAACAAAAACGAAAGAGGAUUAAGUCCAUUAGUAGUGACAGUGAUUGA